UGUCUGAUCUGUCUCCCUGCCAUCGCCAGAUUUUUCCUUUACACAGGCAUCGCAAAGCAGAUCUAGUAGCAGUUCUACGAUAUCAAACACUGCCCCCUUUAAAGGAUGUAAGGGAAAAAGCAUGCACGUGGCUCCCAAAGCAGAGCACGAGCCUGAUGAUCUCACCGAGCUGGUGCUUGUGAAACAGGAAACAGAAGCCGGGCAAAUGCUAUUUGCUAACCACAGCAACAACACAAGUUGCAAAAAACCAACAACAAAAUGGAGAAGGACAGAUUCACUGUGCAGACAGAUUCCAGGUUUAAGCUGUCACAGUAAUAACAAAGAUUGUUCCCACAGUUUGACAGCCCACUCAGUGCAGGAUUUUAAGCAACAUUUACAUCGAAAUCCACAGGAGAUUCAAUAAUAGAGCUCUUCUUGAAUGGAAAAUAAGGUGCGUUGUACCUACACCUGGAAAAAAAAAUUAGAGGAAUUGCCAUCCAUUGCUACAAAACGAGACCGCUUCUGAGUUGGUUUCAAACGCGUCUCCUCACACACUUACAAGAUCAACCUUCGCUGUGCAGUGCUUUGAAUUCAGAUCAGGAAGGAUUUUACCAAAGGGGAGGCAUGGUAUUCUGGUACUUGAAGUGGUUUAUAGGCUUUGUCAGUAGAGAUGUCCUCACAAAAGCUUCAAGGAGCAGUAACAGCACCUCUUUGGUAUGGAGAUGCUGCUAUCACAGGACUCCAGGAAGCUUCCUGGAUCCUGAAAUGAGAGCAUUUCUGGAGGAGAACACUGAAGUCAGUAGCAGUGGGCACCUCACACCAGAGAUACAACUGCGACUUCUGACGCCUCGCUGCAGAUUCUGGCAAGAAAGAGCUGACUUGUGGCCCUAUGGUGACCCCUUCUGGGCAAUCUACUGGCCAGGAGGCCAAGCCCUUUCCAGGUAUAUCUUAGAUAACCCGGAUGCUGUCAGAAUGGAAUCAGUACUAGAUCUCGGAAGUGGAUGUGGAGCAACAGCAAUCGCUGCUGUGAUGAGCGGUGCAUCCCAGGUCCUUGCUAAUGACAUCGACCCCAUUGCAGGAAUGGCCAUGGUAUUAAAUUGUGAGCUGAACAAUGUGAACCCCUUCCCUAUUCUAACUAAGAACAUCAUUGAUACAGAGCUGGACAACUGGGACCUCAUUGUUUUGGGGGAUAUGUUUUAUGAUGAACAACUUGCAAACAGACUUCAUCACUGGUUGAGGAAAUGCAUCAGUAUUCAUGGAACUAAAGUGCUAAUUGGUGACCCUGGGAGGCCUCAGUUUUUAGGCCACCGCAUUCACAGUCAAUUGCACAAAGUGGUAGAAUAUUCACUUCCUGAAUCCACUAGGCAAGAAAACAAUGGAUUAACCUCAAGCAUUGUCUGGAGUUACCAGCCCUGACCUCUCCGUUUCUUCAAAAGCUGCUAACUCUGGAUUUAGAAGAAGUAUGGUCUUCAAAAAAAAAGAAAUAUGUUGUGUUUAAAAAGUAUGAAAAUGGAACAUUGGGGCAGAUCCUCCGCUAGUGCAAACUGCUGUAGCACCACUGAAGUCCACACAGUUAUACUAAUUCACUCCAGCUGAGAAUUUGGCCCAUAGUUUGAGAGAAGCCUUACAGGCAAAUUCCAUUCUCAGACAUGCAGAUGCCCCCUGCCCUGCCCCAUUGAAACCAAUGGAAGCUAAGUGUGCGUGUUCAAAGGCUGAACAGGAUGUAACCAAAUAAAAUAAAGAUAAAUGGGGAGAGGAUAAUAGAAAUUCAGUGGAGCAGCAUGCAGCUUAGUGGGUUACCUCAGAAUGUUCCUGCUUACUGUUGCACCAGUUGGUAAGAAUAUAGUUUUCAAUGUCUAGUGAAGAUAAAAAGAAAAGGAGUACUUGUGGCACCUUAGAGACUAACAAAUUUAUUAGAGCAUAAGCUUUCGUGAGCUACAGCUCGCAGUAGCCGCUGUGUUAGUCUGUAUUCGCAAAAAGAAAAGGAGUACUUGUGGCAAUUUGUUAGUGAAGGUAAGUGUGUUGAACUACCUGGCUGCUUCACAAAUUUCCUUUCCUAAAAUAGCUAAUUAUGAGGCUAUUUUGUCCCAAGAAGUGACAGUUUUAUGAAUGACAUGUCCCUUAAAGAAAACUUAAGUAAGCAGUUUCAGUGGUCAGCAAGAGGUUUCCUUCUGAUUAUUGAUUAACCAGGUGUGGGCUUUUCCAGAGUUUGCAGCCUUGAAGCCCUAAUAGACAUGGGGCACAUCCUGCUUUUCUAAAAAUGCAUGUAUCAGCAACUUUGACACAAUUCUUAUCAGGAAGGACGUGGGGUCAAGCUGCCCUUUCUGUGGCACCCAAAACUCCCUCUCCUCCUGUCUUGGUCAGGCUGAGACUGCUGAAUGGCCAAUUUGCAGCCUGCUGACUUGGCUGCUUUUAGCAAUAAGCCACAGUGGUUUUGGGCAUUGUCGCCUAAAUCCCUAUUUAUUCACCAAAAUCAGCACUAAGGCCUUCUGUACAGUGGGGAUUUGCUCUGAUUACAGCCAUUGGCAUAGCUGCACAGGUGCAAACCCCCCCUACUAGUGUAAGAGGUAAAGCCGCUAUUUGCACUAGGGCAGCUAUACCCUUGGCUGGACAAGGAUGGCUAUAAUUGGGGCAAAUCUCCACUCUAGCUAAGUGCUUUGACAUCUGAAUCUACAUUUAGGGCCCUAUAGGCACAUGAAUUUAAGUAUCCAACCUUGAAAAGGGGUUUCUUCCUAUUUUGGGGCCUACUGAUAGUUUAUUGCCCUGCCACAUGGGAUUCCUGGCAUUGGUCUGGGUACCAUACUCCCUGAUGGGGAGGGAUGUGCACUAGAGUUGCCUUGCAAUACAUCCUGUGUGACCGCUCCAACAGAUUAGGUUGCAGCAUUUAGAGCAGUGAACCACGGCCACUGGGACCUGCGGGCGGCCAUGCCUGCGGACAGUCAACGUAAACAAACUGUCUCGCGGCCCGCCAGCGGAUUACCCUGACAGGCUGCGUGCGGCCCAUGGGCCGCAGGUUGCCCACCACUGAUUUAGAGGCUCAGCAGUCAUGAGAACCAGUAAGGCACAAGGAUCAGUCCAUCUCUGUUUGCAUAAAGCAGUGCUCCCUAGAAGAAUGAGCAGCUACAGUAAGGAGCAGUAACCGCUGUGAGGCUGCUAUUCUUCCAGCUAUUGAGCCAGGGUAGAAAGCUGGUAUACAGAACUCCAGGAUGGCAGUGAAAAGCCACCAGAGAUAGGAGCUCCUCAAAGCUUCAAACAGAGGAGGAGAAAUCUACAAAGGGGGGAAAACAUUCCUUUCCAGUGGGACAGAACUGCUGCGAAUCUCACAAUAGGUUUGUUUGAAAUUACUCACCAUUCUUUGGUCUCAUAGUGGGCCAUGGUGUCAUGUUAAAGGAAGAUGCAGCUUAUAUUCGCUUUCAAAUUUUGCAUGCAGAUCUGUUAUGGUCUUCUAUCAACUACUUCUGGUGUUUGACUUGGCGAUAUCUUGUCAACUUGUACUGUGUACAAAUGCCUGCACGCCAAGAUGAGCAAAGUCUCUUUAGAGGACACCCCCCUGUCCUGAGGAUACUACUUUGACAGGGCAACACAUUUUAUUCAAAACACACGUACUACUGGAGUCCGAUCCUGAUCUCUCACCGGGUUUUUAACCGAGUUACUCCAUUGAUCCUCAGUGGAGUUAUUCUUGAUUCAAGCCAACUUCGCAUUUAACAGCAUACGUGCUGCGCUUUGGGGUGUAUAAAAACCAAAUAAGCUCAACUCAAUGCCAAAAAGAGGAGCAUUAAACAUAUCUUAAGGCAUAACACCUCAAGGUGAACAUAGCCGGGCCUUGGAAAACAGCAGCUACGCAGGUGGCAAACUGGGACUACUAUUUGUUAUGCAGAACAUGCUUGUUUUACUGUUACUGACCCCUACUGUUCGGGUGACCAGACAGCAAGUGUGAAAAAUCGGGACGCGGGUGGGGGAUAAUAGGAGCCUAUAUAAGAAAAAGACCCAAAAAUCGCGACUGUCCCUAUAAAAUCUGGACAUCUGAUUACCCUACCUAUCAUCACCUGUACUAUCCCCCUGCUGUAUCUAGUAAUAGAUUUAGGUCCCAAUGCUGCAAACACUUAUGCAUGUGCUUAACUUUAUGCUUGGGAUUUCAAAUGAAAGUUAAGUGUUUGCCAGCAAGUUCUCUAGGCCUUUUUACCAUGUCUGUACAAUAUCUAGUGUAAUGGGAUGCUAGGCAUUACUGAUUAUUGCCUGGGGCCCCAAGGCAUUACUGCAAUAUAAAUAAUAAUAAUUUUAAACUAUUUUCUUAAUGAAAUACUGUUGGAGAAUCAAAACAUUGUAAGGUCAUAUUAACUACAUAUAUUAAGUAAGAGUUAAGGCCAAGCUCAAACCUGCUGACCACUAGGACAAAGGGCCUAUUGCUAAGAUAAGGUCUAUUGUUAAGUGAACCAACCUCUUGGCAAGGUUUAAGAAUAAUAUGUAAUAAUAAUGUUAAGUUGUGUGGCCUUUAUUAAGAGUGGAUAAUUUAGUUGCUUAAUGUUAGCACAGUAUCUGGUUUAAAAUUGUCAAUGCGUCUUUUAACUAAAAGUAAAGAAAAAUGGAUGCUUGCAAAAUAUCAAAUAAUAGGAUGCUUGAGAAAGACAAAGUAUUGUGCAUUAUUGUGCAUCCAGGGCUCAAGAGCAGAUCCAUUGACAUUAACAGGAAACGUCUGGAUAACGUGAAUGGGCAAGAUAACGUGUUUAUUAAGCAUGAACUGCAUGUGAUUGAUUUGAAGAAACCAAUUACAAUGGUGUUUUGUAUAAAAUGAAGCAUGUACAUAGCAUGAAAUAUAUUAAAUAUGGACAAAGGAAAAGAGUGAUUAGAUAUGGGCAUAAGUGAUGUAGGGGUUAUGUAAGCGUAUAAAUGGAUGUGAACUGUUAAGAAUGAUUGGAGCAACACAGAACCCUGCCCAAAAGGCCAAACUUGUCUAGCCCUGGUGAUGAAAGAAACAGCCUACUAUGCACGAGGACGGGGUCUCCAAACUUUAUGAGAUGAAGGCCAUAUUAGAUUUUUGAAGGGGCUUUGCAGGCUGAAGCAACUGUGAAAGAAAUUAAAUAUUUGCAAAUAUAUGCAAAAUCAUUAAAAACACAACACUACUCUACUGAGUUGGUUGGGACUGUUUGGUUCUAUUAGUGCUGUAGUUAAAAUUUAACCAUUAUGAAAUUGUUAAUUUCCAUCUUCUUUACUCCAUUUAUUGGAGAUGUAAUUAAGCAUCUGGCUUGUAUUUUUACUCUAAGGCAGGGGUCCGUGCCUGCUCGGCUGCAGCAGCAACUCUCCCCUAAGUUGGCUCCCCUUUUGGGGGGGGACACUGGCUCCCGGGGCACUCACUCCUCCACACAGCUCAGCUGAGCUACCCGCCCCCCCCCACCUGCACGAGCUGCUGCCGGCAGCCCCUCCCCCCUCAUCUGCAGCAACGACUCUUCCCUAAAUUGGCUCCCCUUUUUUGGGGACACUGGCUCCCAGAGGCACUCACCCCUCUGCACAGCUCAGCUGUGCUGCCACCCCGCAUGAGCUGCUGCCGGCAGCCCCUCCCCCUGUUGGUUGGAGGGCCGGACAAAUGGAAGCCCCGGGCCGGAUCCAGCCCAUGGCCAUAGUUUGGAGACCUCUGCACUAGGACUAGGGAACUGAUCGCUCUCUGAUCCUCUCCUGCUUUAUCUGUUUUACAUAUGCUUUGUGCUAUAAUUAUGGUGCUAAUAUACUGCCCUAAAUUUUUUCAUAAAGCUUUAAAAUUAAUUAGUCUUGUUAAAUUGGUGUGAACUGUGUUUUUCACCCAAAAAGAUGAUCAGACUUGUGAUGUAAAGAGAGCCAUUGCUUUAAUUACAGGAAAUAUCAUUUAACAGGGUAUUGACAGGUACACUUAAGACAUGAAAGCACUUGCAUGCUGACAGAGAGCUCUAGUAGAAACAAAGAAUGAAGGAGUCUGGUAUUACAAAAGACAGUGGAUACCAGAGAGAAAGCUGUUCCCCAGAGAUGGUUGUUUCCUGAAAAAGCUGUACCAUCUGAGAACUUUAUAUAAAAAUCAAUAAACAGUCCAUGUCACUUGCU